CGAAGGCGAGUAGCGGGAGAGGUGUUGAGGGGAAAGGGGGAAAGACAUGUAGAGCAAGGUCCGAGAGCAUAAAAAAUGACGAAGUCGAAGGGAAACUCGUUGAGGAUCAAGGACAUUUCAGGGACCUCAACAAGUACUGGAUGGCGCAGCCAGGGCGCCCCUGUUGAUUUUGAGGGUGUGUUUGAAAUCCCCACUUUGCACUACAACGCUGAUGCCGAGAAAGCGCCUACUAUCCAGGCUCAGUUUGAAGUGACUGAAUCGGAAGAAGACACUCUUGGUCCGGAGGAGGAAGAGGAAGUGGAGGAGGAUGAGGAGGAUGAGGAGGGUGACGAGGGUGACUUUGGUAGCGAGCACGAGGAAGCAGUAGACGAGGGUGAACAGGGUGACGAGGAUGAGGAAGAAGGAGACGAGGAAGAAGAGGACGAGGAAGAAGACGACGCUGUCUUUGAGCGGACUGUCCUUGAGAACAUCAAGGAGGUAUGCAGUGGACCGCUGUGGAUAAUUGCCGGAUUCUGCUCUCUGGACAUGCUGCCCUCGGUUCGGCGAGCGUUCAAGAUGGUUUGCAAUGCAGGAGAGGAGGUGGUCACGUGGUGCAAGCCGAAUGUCAUGAACACAGGAGGGCCUCGUCUUGUGAGCGCGACAGAGUUUUGUGUCAUUGGCUACUACAGCCAAAGUGGUGCAAUCGCCAGCGUUUUCUGCAACAGGAAUUGCCUGGUGGUUGACAAGUGCCCGCGCUGCAUCAAGGGAAUCCGCGCUCGCAUUCUGAACGAUAUUGGCCCUACGAUUGAAAGAGAAAGCAGGCGCGAGGAGACCGCAGAGAAGGAUAAGACUUACAAUUGUGUAGUCGCUGCAGAGGACACAACUGCAGCAACAACGCCGAUCACUGCUGCAGCAGUAGCAACAGCAGCCGAAGCAGCAGCAGGACCACCCGCAGCAGAAGCACCACCAGCAGGAGCACCACCAGCAGCACCAGCACCAGCAGCAGCAGCAGCAGCAACAGCACCAGCAGCAACACCAGCAGCAGUAGCAGCAGCAGCAGCAGCAGCGGCAGCACCAGCACCAACACCAGCAGCAGCAGCAGCAGCAUCAACAGAACCACCCGCAGCAGCAGCAGCAACAGAACCACCCGCAGCGGCAACAACAAUACCACCAGCAGCAGUAGCAGCAGCAACAGCGAGCGCACAAGGGGCAGCGAGCGAGCCAGCAACAGCUGGACCAGGCACAGAAGCGCUCGCACCGCGAGAGGCAGCGGGACCUGCACACAGCCAAGACUCCUCACGUGGGACAACUACGAGGCUCAACAUGAAGAACAGACUGACAAAGUCUGUUCCGGACCGGACCACGUCCUCGGGCGGAAGCAAAGCACGCAGCAGUGUCGGACGCCCAAGAUCGAACUUUCGAGAGGAGGGGCCAGCAGCGCAUGCAUUCAACAAGGAUCCCGAAGAACAAGCAGGGGUCAAAGAGGAGCUCAGCGGACAGGAAUGCGACGAAGAUGAGGAGGACAAGGACAACUCGAUGGGAGUAGAGGACGUGGGGGGAGACGAAGACGAGGAGGAGGAAGAAGAAGAAGAAAAAGAUCAGGAAGAGGAAGAAGAGGAAGAAGAGGAAGAAGAGGAUGAAGAGGAAGAAGAGGAAGAAGAGGAAGAUGAGGAAGUUGAGGCUGAAGAGGAAGACGAGGAUGUUCAGGACGUAGGCAGGGCACGGAAGAGGAGGAAAAAGGACAGUUGGGUGCAGAACAUUCUCAUGUCGGCCAAACAAACCACGGAACUUCUUCUAUUCUUGUGGGCUGUUUGUCUCACAGCUGCCGGAGUGAAGCUAUACAUGCAGACGGAGAAGCACUACAAAUGUUAUGGCGAGAUCAUUUUUGCAAGCUGGGUGAUGGAAGAACCGGACUCGUUCGCCGAAAUGCUCAACAUGAAGAACAGACUGACAAAGUCUGUUCCGGACCGGACCACGUCCUCGGGCGGAAGCAAAGCAUGCAGCUGUGCCGGACGCCCAAGAUCGAACUUUCGAGAGGAGGGGCCAGCAGCGCAUGCAUUCAACAAAAAUCCCGAAGAACAAGCAGAGGUCGAAGAGGAGCUCAGCGGACAGGAAUACGACGAAGAUGAGGAGGACAAGGACAACCCGAUGGGAGUACAGGACGUGGGGGGAGACGAAGAUGAGGAGGAGGAAGAAGAAGAAGAAAAAGAUGAGGACGAGGAAGAAGAGGAAGGAGAGGAAGAAGAGGAUGACGAGGAAGAAGAGGAAGAAGAGGAAGAUGAGGAAGUUGAGGCUGAAGAGGAAGACGAGGAUGUCCAGGACGUAGGCAGGGCACGGAAGAGGAGGAAAAAGGACAGUUGGGUGCAGAACAUUCUCAUGUCGGCCAAACAAACCACGGAACUUCUUCCAUUCUUGUGGGCUGUUUGUCUCACAACUGCCGGAGUGAAGCUGUACGCGCAGACGGAGAAGCACUACAAAUGUUAUGGCGAGAUCAUUUUUGCAAGUUGGGUGAUGGACGAACCGGACUCGUUCGCCGAAAUGCUCAACAUGAAGAACAGACCGACAAAGUCUGUUCCGGACCUGACCACGUCCUCGGGCGGAAGCAAAGCACGCAGCAGUGUCGGGCGCCCAAGAUCGAACUUUCGAGAGGAGGGGCCAGCAGUGCAUGCAUUCAAUAAGGAUCCCGAAGAACAAGCAGAGGUCGAAGAGGAGCUCAGCGGACAGGAAUACGACGAAGAUGAGGAGGACAAGGACAACCCGAUGGGAGUAGAGGACGUGGGGGGAGACGAAGACGAGGAGGAGGAAGAAGAAGAAGAAAAAGAUGAGGAAGAGGAAGAAGAGGAAGAAGAGGAAGAAGAGUAUGAAGAGGAAGAAGAGGAAGAAGAGGAAGAUGAGGAAGUUGAGGCUGAAGAGGAAGACGAGGAUGUUCAGGACGUAGGCAGGGCACAGAAGAGGAGGAAAAAGGACAGUUGGGUGCAAAACAUUCUCAUGUUGGCGAAACAAACCACGGAACUUCUUCCAUUCUUGUGGGUUGUUUGUCUCACAACUGCCGGAGUGAAGCUGUACGCGCAGACGGAGAAGCACUACAGAUGUUAUGGCGAGAUCAUUUUUGCAAGUUGGGUGAUGGAAGAACCGGACUCGUUCGCCAAAAUGUGGGUUUUCAUUGGAGAGCUCGGUGAAUAUUUGGAUCCACGUCUUAAGACCAGGCUUCUUCCGUUCAAGUACCUGAUCGCUGAGCCAACGUCGACCCCAAGCCCGUUGAAAACGAAGCCAGGCAAGCGGAGAACGCCUCCUCCAGUUGUAGUCUCCCCGCAGACGUGUGUCGAGUCCUCGGCAGCUCUGGAGAAAGGUUCGGGUACGAAGCCGAAAGCUCCGAAAAAGAAAGUACUUGCAGAACGAGCUGCGGCGUCUUCGAAAAGGGAAGGCAAAGCUCCGCAAGACGAGUUGGGUACGAAGCCGAAAGCCCCGAAAAAGAAAGUACCUGCGCCGAAAGUUGCGGCGUCUUCGAAAGGGAAAGGCAAAACUCCGCAAGACGAGCUUCAAGUUCCUCGAGGUCUUGUUCCCGGUGAACUCAACGACGAGCUGACACGGGCCUGGAACGAGCUGGAGAGUUUAAAGGAGAAGAAAAUUUCCCAAGAGCCUUUUUACCUGCCCAUGUCGUGUCUGCGACGACCGCCGAACGAUGGAGCAGGAAACAGGCCACUCGAGAUUCGAGAGUCCGAAGAGGACCACUUUUCCACAAUCAUGGAUUCGAUGAUUACUUGCCCGAUUGGGGAUCAUCUUCCCUUCGUUGGUGUCGUGGAUCCGUCAAAGGUGAAAGAUAAGAAGGACGUGGAUCUGGUCCGGUUGCGCAAAGGUGGCUACACCAUCUAUGUUCUUGGAGGUGGACAUUGUCAGGAGGCGAGGGAGCGCCUGCAGAAGAUCUACCCUGACAAGGAGGAUUACAAAUGGAAUGUGUGCUAUGUCUAUGCGGGCCUGACUACGGAAGAAGCGAGGCAGGGGGAGGUCAAGAACCAGAAACUCAAGCCUCUUGCGAAAAGUCAGAUCCGCACAGAUGUCGCUCCAGAGUCCAGCGAGUCGGAGGGUGGCAAGAAACAACGCGGGGCAAGAAAGUUGGACAGGGCUGUCGCAAAGCAGCAGGGGACGACGUUCUUCAAUCCUCGCCUAAAAUUGAAGGACAACAAAGUUGCUUCGGCCCCGGCUGACAUGCUUGCGCAGCCGUGGAUUACGAUGGGCAAUAUCCCGCACGACGUUAUCAUCCCCAUCUUGACGGAAGUUGUGUCCAAGCAGAUCUCCCUGAAAGAGAUGAAGAGGAAGUUCAAGGUCGUGAAGAAGUUUGGCUACGUUGCAAAGGCCUUCUGCGAAGGUGUCAAAUGCAAAGACUUCAAAACCGCAGAGGAGUUGUAUCCUUUGCCCACCAAGAAGGAGGUUCUCGAGCCAUUCAUUGGGAGUUUUGAGAGGCGAGGGGCUAAACCUACUGCUUUGCUAAAUCACAUUGAACGAGCGAAGGAGUGGAGAAAGAUGGAAGACAAGAGGAUUAAAGAUGCACAAAGAGCGAGUCACAAUUUCUUCCGAGCGCAUUCCCUGGACGACCCUUUCGUGGACUGGACUGACGUGAAGUACAAAGGGUGCUCGGGGCAGGUCAAGGUCAUUCAAGGCGAUAUGUUGCAUUUGGCACAGCUGCAAAAGGACAAGGUGCCGAUUUCCCUUUCCAUCUUCGAUUUGCCCUACGGCUUUGCGCACAAAGGACACGCGCGUGACACGGAGUCCGCGUUUGUGAAGAUCUGCAAUGCUGGUCAAGAGCUUGUCACAUGGUGCAAGCCGAACACGACGAAUCCCGUUGGCCCGAGACUUGUCAGCGCGACGGAGUUCUAUGUUCUGGGGUACUACAAUGUGACAGGCCAACGUGAGAUGACGCAUUACAACUUCGCUCCCACCGAUCCCCGCCACAACUUCCAACUUUUUGAUGCGGUCACGCGAAAGUUUGUGCACCCGGCUGAUGAAAGGGUGCUUUGUCCGUACCAAAGACCUUAUGAAUCGUAUUCCUGGUUGGUCACAAAGUUCUCGCCACUAGGCGCCACCAUUUUCAACGGCUUUUCGGGCUCGGGUACGGGGGCCAUUGCUUGCGUGAUGGCGAACAGGAACUGUCUUGUCGUGGAGCUGGACAGGCGGUGUGCGAAGGGAAUCUGGAUGAGUCUGCUCACUGACCUCGAAGGGACGUUGCAGAUAGAAAAGCUGAAAGAAGGGAAGGGCAAGUCGAAGGAACAACACCUUGAUGCGGACGUUAAGGUGUCUGGGGAUCACGGCCUCAAGGAGGAAGAGCGACAUGUUGAGGAAGCCAAGGCGAGGGAGGCUUCCGGCCAGGACAUGACGCAGGAGACAUGGGAGCCCAUUCCUGGAUUCAUUGCAACCGAAGCCAAUCUGCCGGCAGGAUCUGACCAGCGUGAGGAACCGCCCGUGGCAGUACCUCCAGAGGUGCAACUGGCACAAAGCCAGGACUCAAGUCAAGCCACAGGGGCAGAAACACGAGGUCGUAAGAGAAAGAUCGGAGGAUAGGAGGCGGUCAGCUCCUUGUGAUGGGUCUGCGCAGCGAUGCUCGGUCGCGUGUGCGGAAAUAAGCGAGGGCGCGUAUAGUUUUA